AGGUCAGCAUGGACAAGUACAUCAAGCUCGAGAAGGUCGGGGAAGGUACGUACGGAGUCGUCUACAAGGCCAAGGAAAAGUCGACACAGGCCAUCGUGGCCCUCAAGAAGAUUCGUCUGGAUGCCGAGGAUGAAGGUGUCCCAUCCACAGCGAUCAGAGAGAUCUCCUUGCUCAAGGAGCUCCAACAUCCCAAUAUCGUGAACCUGAAGGAUGUCAUCCACAGCGAGAACAAGCUGCAUCUCGUCUUCGAGUUCCUCGACAACGACCUCAAGAAACACAUGGAUGGCUUCAACGCCAACGGAGGCAUGCCGGGGCACAUGGUGAAGUCCUACAUGUAUCAGAUGUUGCAAGGCAUCUCCUUCUGCCAUGCUCACCGCGUCUUGCACCGCGAUCUCAAGCCUCAGAACCUCCUCAUCGACAGGAACGGAACCCUCAAGCUCGCUGACUUCGGUCUCGCCCGCGCCUUCGGCAUCCCUGUCAGGACCUACACUCAUGAGGUGGUGACCCUCUGGUAUCGAGCACCGGAGAUCCUCCUUGGAUCCAAGCACUACUCGACUCCCGUCGACAUCUGGUCCAUCGGCUGCAUCUUUGCUGAGAUGGUCUCUCGUCGUCCCAUCUUUGCAGGAGACUCUGAGAUCGACGAGCUCUUCCGCAUCUUCCGUGCCCUCGGCACCCCCACGGAAGAGACCUGGCCUGGCGUGACACAGUUGCCGGACUACAAGCCGACCUUUCCCCAGUGGGCAGGUAAGUCCCUCAAGGAGAUUCUGACUAGCAUGGAGCCUUCAGCCUUGGAUCUCCUCUCUCAGACGCUUGUCUACGAGCCCUCCAAGAGAUGUUCAGCCAAGACGGCGAUGAACCACGACUACUUCCUAGACCUGGACAAGGCUUCGCUUCCUCUGCCAGUGAUGUAGAGCUAUGCGCGAAGCUUCAACGAUUAUCUGUUCACUAGCAGGCUACCUGAGCUACUAACUUGUAUACUCACACCCUACGAUGAGAUUAAACUGAUUGAUCUAAGCG